AUGGAGACUUUGCUGGCGCAUUCGUUUGACUACCUCUCCUCGUACGAGCCAAGCAAAGUUCGCAAGGGAUUACGCCAGGUCGAAGGUCUUCUCGCACAGAUAUGUUUAUCCAAGUCGAAACAGCCGCCGUCUGACAAACGGAGGUCGCUACUAUCCUUCGGAGCUCCACAACCAAUUCCCAAGGCCCUGGUAGAGCUUAAAGACGACCCCGCUUUCAGAGAAUUUUUCAAACUACAAGAAGGGUUCCAAUGGAAUGUGGCAAUGCGCCUGGUAGCGUGCCUGGAGCACCUCCUUGGCCGAGGAAGUAAUGGCACCAACGACCUACUCAUUGUCUCCACCCUCGACUUAAUCCAGGGCGCACUUCUUCUCCACCCUCCGUCGAGGACACUAUUUGCGCGAGAAAUCUACAUGAAUCUGCUGCUUGACCUCCUGGAUCCGAUCAACUGCCCAGCCAUCCAGUCCGCGACCCUCCUCACUCUGGUAACUGCCCUGUUGGACCAUCCGGCGAAUACCCGCACGUUUGAGGAACUUGAUGGGCUACUCACUGUGACGUCGCUCUUCAAACAGCGCGCAACCUCGCGCGAAGUGAAGCUCAAAUUGGUGGAAUUUUUAUACUUCUAUCUGAUGCCGGAAACACCGCUGAUUCUGACUGGCGCGGUGGUCAGUGCGCCUAAUACUGCGAUGGCGGGCCAUCAGCGCAGUCCAACGAAGCUUGCGGCCCCGGCGUCGAGAAGCGUCCACACUUCUUCCCAGACCCAUGGGAAGGGGCACCGAGAUACGCGCACGACAGAUGAGAAGCAAACCUUGUUAGGGAGAUACCUAAACAAUGUGGAGGACCUAGUGGAGGAUCUCAAGGAAACUGCGCCCUUUGGAGCGACGGUCUGCUAG